GUCGACAUGCUUGCCCAGAUUCCACCGGUAUGUCUUGUGUUUGUGUUUAUUCUGACGGUGUCGCGGUGUAUGGAACGCUGUAGGAAGUGUCAAACAAUGGAGCGUCAUUAGCUUGUCUGUCGGCAAUGGAAAUUUCAAUACGUGGACGAGUAUUGUUAACGAUUUAUUUCGAAGUUUUAAUUGUUACGACAUCAUUUAGUGUCUUGAGCGAAACGCCACAGUUCUGUGUUUCGGAGGAGGAUGGUAGUAAUUCCUGUCACCCAAGGAACCUUUGGAACACUGACAGGUACAUUUUGUAUGACGUGAAUCCACCGGAAGGAUUCAAUUUGCGCCGAGAUGUUUACAUGCGAAUGGCAGUUCUUAUGAAGACGUUGCAGUCUCAUGGGAACUGGAAACUGGUGUUACCUCCAUGGCCAAAGCUUUAUCACUGGCAAUCAACAGAUGUUGGAAGACAGGACAUGCUGCCUUGGAGCUUAUUUUUUGACAUAGAGAGCCUCAAAAAAUUUACCCCAGUUGUGGAAAUGACAGAUUUUUUUUCCGGAUUGAGUAGCCAGCCUGAAAAAGUGACAGAACGGUUUGUGGUUGGUGAAGUAAACACAACCAUAAUUGACCAUGUUUUCUAUCUACAACACCCAAAGGACCUGUGGAAAGAUGAAAAUUUUGAAGAAAGAUAUAGUAUUGAUGAGUGCCCUCAGAGCAUUCCUUACAGGAAAGUAACAAAAGAUGGGAUAUGGAGAGGAAAAUUCUGGGGCUAUUCUAACCUCACAGCUACAGAUUUGAAAUGCAUUUCUUUUCAUGGACAUGUCUCGCUUCUGGAAGACAUUCUGAAAAACAUACAUAAGAGAGCAGUCAUGAUUGAUCAUGCAGAAAUUGCUCUGCAUGAUGCAUUUGGUGAUAAAGUAUACUGGGAAGUGAGGAGGAGUAUGAGAUUUGCAUUGCCACUUGUUGAGAUAGCAACAGAAUUCAGGAAAGAUUUUCUUGACUCUGAUGAUGACACUGAUGGUACAGUAAGGCCAAGGGACUGGCAGAUGGAAAAGGGAUUUUCUGAAGCACAUGGUGGACCAUACCUGUGUGUACAUCUGAGGAGAAAAGAUUUUGUCUGGGCAAGGGCAAAAGAUGUACCCAGCAUCAAGGGAGCAGCCCAACAGAUCUCCGAGUUGUUAAAGAAUUUGGAGUUGGACACAGUAUUUAUCGCAACAGAUGCUCCAAAAGAAGAGUUUAAAGAACUGAAAUCAUUUCUGAGGGGAUACAAUGUGUUAAGAUACAAAGCCCCAGCUAAAGUGAAAGAGAAGUACAAAGAUGGAGGUGUUGCAAUUAUAGAGCAAAUAAUUUGCUCACAUGCAAGGUACUUUAUUGGAUCAUAUGAGUCAACAUUUUCAUUUCGUAUCCAGGAAGAGCGUGAAAUAAUGGGGUUUCCUACUGAAGCAACAUACAAUAGAUUGUGUGGAGAUGGAGUGAGGAACUGCUCAAAGCCUGCUCAGUGGAGAGUGGUAUUUUAAUAAAUAAACAUGCUGUUAUUAAUUCAGUUUGCACAAAACAAUCCUGGUUGAGAUAAAUGACCAGUGAUAAGUUUCUUCUGUGGAAUGUAAGAUGACCAAUAAUUUAAUACAUUUCAAAUAGUUGUACAUGAUGCUGUUAAUCUGUUUCUGCAGUAAAUUUCCACAUUACAUUGUA